GGACCGCAUCCCGCGCAUGACGCAACUUAACCCGGAAGUCAGAGAGGCGCUCGGUUUGACAGUCAGAACAUGUGAAUGUGGGAUGCAUGCUUGAUGAAAAGUUUGGAGGUGGCAAACAAUGAGAAGAACAAUGGAUUUACAGCAGUCAAGUGUGCACCCAAGACUACUGCCAUGACGGUCUAACGGUAAAAAGGAUGAAACGGAGCAAACGGACAGGAGAUGAAGUAAAUGGACAACCAGACACAGGUCUUUGUCCAGGCUCUGCUCAUCAGACCACCUCCGCCAUUCAGCUAUGGAACCAAUCACAGACAGGGGUAGGUGCAGCCUCAUUUCCAUGGGGUCUGUAUAAGAACAGCUGGUCUGCACUCUACAGACCCAUAGGUUUCUGUGAGGCACAAAAAUCAGAAGAUGCCUGAACCUGCAAAGUCUGCGCCCAAGAAGGGUUCAAAGAAGGCCGUCACCAAGACCGCUGGUAAAAGUGGCAAAAAGAAGAGAAAGACUAGGAAGGAGAGUUAUGCCAUCUAUGUGUACAAGGUCCUUAAACAGGUUCACCCAGAUACCGGGAUCUCCUCUAAGGCUAUGAGCAUCAUGAACUCGUUCGUCAAUGACAUCUUUGAACGCAUUGCUGCUGAGGCCUCUCGUCUGGCUCAUUACAACAAGAGAUCCACCAUCACUUCCAGGGAGAUCCAGACCGCUGUGCGCCUCCUGCUGCCCGGUGAGCUGGCCAAGCACGCUGUGUCUGAGGGCACCAAGGCUGUGACCAAAUACACCAGCUCCAAGUAAACUGGAUUAAUCAAAUUUAAUACAACGGCUCUUUUAAGAGCCACCCAUUAUGUGGAAAGACAGACUUCUUGGUUAUUUGGUAUGCUAAAACAUUAAUGUAUAUUGACUGACUCAUUCACUAAAUUAUCGAACUCUGGUUUUAUGUACACCAAAUUCAAUGUGCAUAAUGGAACACUGUCUAAAGGUAAAUAAUUUAUAUCACACAUAUACUAAAACCUACAACCUGUUGGUAAUUUUCAGGUAAGAGUCCAAACUUGCUAUAAUAACCUGUUAAUCUACCAUUCAUUGACCAUAGGCUGUGAUGAGUCACCCCAUAACAUGAUUGUAGUAAAGUUUGCACUUAAAUGAAUAUGACUGU